UUAGAAGCUCGUAAGGGAUCAACGUCCCUUUGGUAGCUUGCGUUGUGCCAUCUAUAUCGCAGCCCAGGAGAAGCACCGCCGCCAUGGCCGCGCGGUGGAGCAGCGAAAGUGUUGUGGCCGAACACAGGGAACUUCAGGCCAAUGCCAUGGCCCUGGACUGGCAGGGGGAAUAUACACUGCUGGCUGGACGACGUGCUCUGGCUCUCAUCCGCUUGAACAAUCCCUCAGAGGUAGUUAAGAAGGUCAGCCGUACGCAGCAGAAGUACGAUGUCACAGCAGCAGAAUGGAACCCAACUCAGAGUCAGGGACACACUUUUGUCUUAGCUUUUGGGGAGCGUGCAGAAAUCUGCCAGUGGAGUGACAGCAGCCUGAAUGGCAUGAGCUCACUGCGUGCCCACACUCGCACCAUCACUGACCUAAACUGGCAUCGCAUGGAUCCCCAUCUCCUGGCCACCUGCUCUAUUGAUACAUUUGUUCACAUAUGGGACACAAGAGAGCCACGCAAACCUGUUUCCUCGCUUUCAUCUAUUGCUGGAGCAUCACAAGUCAAGUGGAACAAGCUAAACCAAAAUAUGUUAGCAUCAGGUCAUGACUGUGACAUCCGUGUGUGGGACAGCCGCAAGACAUCACAGCCUAUACAGUUCAUUUCUGCCCAUUUAUCCAAGAUACAGGGCCUAGAUUGGUCUCCCAAUCAUGAAAGACAUCUAGUCACCUCUUCUAAUGACUGUACGGUAAAGUUCUUUGAUAUCUCCAACCCUCGCAAGGCGGAGAACUUCAUCAACACUCUGUCCCCUGUGUGGCGGGCCAGGUACACGCCAUUUGGUGAAGGUGUUGUAACAGUGGUGGCACCUCAGUUGAGGCGUGGAGAGAAUCCACUUCUCUUAUGGGCAGUACAGGAUGUGACUGCACCUGUGCACACCUUUGUGGGCCACUCAGACAUGGUUCUGGAGUUUGAAUGGCGGCUGAGUGGGCCAGGGGAGCAUCAGUUAGUAACGUGGGCUAGGGACCACAGCCUGCGGAUUUGGAGAGUGGAUCAGCACCUACAGAGGAUGUGUGGGGAGGAGGUUGGGUUAGGUGAAAGCACUGACAGUGAGUUCACUUCUGAGGCAGUCACCCUUGGGCCAGUUGAAUCUGAAGGUGAAGGUGAGGCAGGAAGAGAGUUGGGUCUUCUGGGAGAGGAGCAGGACACACCAAAUAUGUCUGGGGAAAAUGAAGAUGUUAGAUCUGACUCAGCCAGACAAGAGGGUGACCCUGACCCUUCUGUAGAGAAGGCCCAAUCUAGGACAUCACCAGAGUGCAGGUCCACAACAGAGGCCAGCAGUGCUGUUGCAGCCUCAGGUACUGCAGACAGUUGUGCAGGUGGAGAUGUGUCGGCUGCAAGUUCAGUCUCCAGCCCACAGACCCUGCGUAGUCUUGCCACUGGCCAACCUAUGAGUCUCCAACAGGAGUUUUCAUUGCUCAAUACAUCACUGGACAGUAGUCAAGUCAACUCUGUGGAGGUUGUGGCCAGAAGGACAAAGGGUCAGCCAAGUGAUGUAAUGGACCAAGAGGAAGAGAUAAUAACAGUGAAAGAGGAAGUCAUCGAUGAAGAAGUCACUGUGGAGGUCAGCCACUGCACUGUGCAGGAUGAAGUCUCUGUGGAGUGUGAAGUUGUUGUAAAAGAAGAAGUCAUUGAUGAUGAGGAAGUGGUGUCCAUGGGUCAGAAUGAUGGAGAGAAGCACUUCACAGAGGAGAGUGUUACCUUUGAUGAGAGUGUCAACAUGGAUGUCUCUGGAAAUCAUGGAGACACAGUGGAGGAAGAAGUUGCUGUAAUUCAGGCAGAUACCAGUGAAGAAGAAAAUGUUGUUGAGGAAGACACUGCAGGGGAUGAGAUCACUGCACUUGAGAGAACCUCCAUAAAUGAAGAAAAUGAUCAAUUAGAGGAAGGCAUCAUAGAGAAAAAAGAUAAUGUACAGAAAAAAAAUAUUUUGAAAGGUCAUUUAAAGGAGGGAGAUUGCCUGAAAGAAGACAGUACACACAAGAAAAUGACUGUACCAAAUGCAGUUAAUGAACAGACAGGAGACACAGUGAAAAGUGGCAUUGUGAGUGUAGGAGAUAACUUGGAAGAAAGACUCAGUGUGCAAAAAGACACCACAGAAGAGAGUAUUCUACAAAGGGGAAUUAUAAAACAAGAGAGAGGGACUGUAGAAGGCAUUUUAGAGGAAGGAGAUACUACAGUGGAAAAAAACACAGAGCAGAUGCAGACAGAGGGAAACACUGUACAGGAAGGAGGUAUCACAGAUGAAAAGAAAGACACAGAACAGAUAGUGAUACAGGGAGACACUGAACAGGAAGGAGGUACCACAGAGAAAAAGAAAGACACAGAACAGGUGGUGACAAAGGGAGACGCUGUCCAGGAAGGAGAUUUAGAAGAAAAGAGAGACACAGAACAGGUAGUGACAAAGAGAGACACUGCACAGAAAGGAGGUACCACAGAAGAAAAGAAAGACACAAAACAUAUGGUGACAGAGGGAGACAUUGUACAGGAAAGAGGUACCACAGAAGAAAAGAAAGACACAGAUCAGAUGAAUACAGAGCAAGGCACUGUACAAGAGGGAAGUAUUGCUGAAGAGAAAAAUGCAGAACAGACUGAGACAAGGGGAGAUAAACAGGAAGGAGGUACUACAGGGGAAAAGAAAGUUGGAGAAAUGGUAGAGACAGAGGGAGACAGUGUACAGAAAACAUGUAUUACUGAAGGUAAUGCAGAGAAAGAAGGCACUGUAAAGAAGAGAGGUAUGCAAGAGGUGUAUACUACUGAGAAGAAAAGCUCUUUACAAAAGAGGGGCACUGCACAAGGGGGUACUAUGAAAGAGAAGAUAGGCACCGUACAGAAGAGAGGUAUGCAAGAGGGUCAUACUACAGAAGAGAAGAACACUGUACAAAAGAGAAGCAUGCAAGAGGAAGAUAUUAUACAAAAGGGAAGUGCUAUGCCCAAGAGAAACACUGUGCCAGAAAGAAAUGUUAAGCAAGAAGUAGACAUUGAGGAGGAUCCCAGGGCUGAAUCAGAAGAGGGCCAUUGUCUUGAAAAGAAAGGUGAAGAGCCUUUGGAUGACCCAGCAAGGGAAGCAUAUGUGCCACUGAUAAAAAGAGAGAGUGCUGCUGCUGCUGCAUCAGCUGCAGGUGAUGGCAAUGGGGAUGAAGGUGGUGGUGGAAAUAUGUCAGGGAGUACGAAAGACAAACACAUUCAGGGAAGCAGAACUCAGUCUUUUGAAGGCAAUCAGGAGGAGGUUGAUCAAGAUCCUGAAACACAGAAUCCUUGUGGCAGUGAGAGUGUGGUGCCUCACUCAACAUGCAUCAUCAAGAUCCAUUGUGCUGCUGAUGACAAGGAUGGUUUAUCUCUAGGGGAGGCAGGCACCCCCUCUAAAUUAAAUUUCAAAAACAGUGAAGGGCCUCCUAAGUCUCAUUCUGUUUCCACUCCGACAGUGUUGGACACACCAUCAGUUAGUCUAGCCCAAGGAGUAGGGGAAGAUUUCCUGAAAGAAGAGGAAGUUAUUCAUGUUGAGUGUGACACUGGGCUGGAGAUGCUAGAUGGACCAAGGGAGAGGGAUGAAGGUGUUGCUGUUUGCCAAGUGGUGACUUCAGGCUCCUUUGUCAUCAAGGGUGCUGCUUCCAGUCUAAUGCAAGUUGAGGCCAGUGUGGUACACCUGCCAGAGUCGUUGACCAGUAGUGGUCAAACCCCCGAAGAAGUUUGGGGUUCCUUAGCUCCCCAACUGCUUGAGGGAGGUGUCAUUGUACAUGGGGAAAAUCUAGUGCUGGGGGCCUUGUCAUUGGUUACCAUGGUAGAGUCAGUGGAAGUGGAAGGGGAACCCCAAACUCAAAUAACCAUAUCCCCAUUGGGUGAAUCCGUGGAAGCUUAUCACCAGCGAGGCGUCAACUUCAUCCUGGUGACAAAAAAUUCUGAGUCUGCCACAGCAGCUGCCCGCUGCCCCCCACAACAUGGGGCUGACUCAGAGAGUGUGCCCAAGGUGAAGCCACAAGGGCAGAAUGCACCUCACAGUGACACACCAGGUCCAUUUCGGUGUGACAAGUGUGACAAGACCUACAGUGUGCGGUCAUCCCUCAACAGCCAUCGGGUGACUCACAAUGCAGAGAAAAUGUAUAAAUGUGAUGAAUGUGACCGUGCCUUUCACUAUAGUACUCCACUCAUGAUCCACAAGCGUACCCAUAGUGAUGAACGGCCAUACCAUUGCCAGACUUGCCUUGCCUCCUUUAAAUCCAUGACUAAUUUACGUUGCCAUCAACGACAGCACUCAGGGGAGCGGCCAAUCAUCUGUCCAGAUUGCAGUAGGGGUUUCAGAGAUUACACCUCACUCAAGAGGCACCGGCAAAGAAUGCAUAAAACAACUGCCCCUGCAUCCUCUGACUCUUCCCCCUCACUCACCUCCUCCCCUCAAAAGGCCAAAGUGGGUGGGAAAUCUGAGAGUGAUGAUAAAUCUCCAGGUGGUCCAGCCCUAAAGGAGAAGGGACUUGGACCUGUGGGACGUCUUUCUGACUAUGUCCACAGGUGUGGCCUUUGCCAGAUGACUUGCCACACUCGACCUCAAAUGCUGACACACCUACAGGUUCAUGCUGCUGCUGAGCGGUUCCGUUGCCGUUAUUGUCCCAGUGCCUACACUUUCCGCUUUCUCUUGGCACGACAUGUGCGUGAACUGCACCCUGGCCACCCCCAGUGGUUUUGCCAACACUGUGAUCGGAUUUUUGAUACAUGCCGAAAAAUGAACAGUCACAGUUGCCGCAGUGUGCGGGGAAAUUAUUCGUGUCCUCACAAUUGUGGCUUCACCACAGAGGUACGGCAUCGAGUGUUUCGUCAUGUUGCACGACAUCACCCUGAAGAUGCAGCUCCCUACCACUGUGAUUUCUGUUCAAACAGCUACCGGGAUCCUGGUCGACUUCGCUACCACCAGAAGCGACAACAUCCAGAAAAGAUGGCUGAUCUGGCUCCACCACCAAAGGAUACUUGGAGAGCAUUGUCUGAGUCUGGGCCAGAGGACAAAGGUGCUGUUGACAUGUCACAGGUUGAGGUUAGUGUAAUGGAUGAGGCCAUUGUGUAUUUCCUUCCUGAAGAUCUGAGGAAUGACAUUGCCUUUAGAGAGCGAGUUAAGUUCAAAUGUUUCUAUUGUGAGGCUAAGUUCCCUGUGAAGAAUGCUAUGACGCGCCAUGUCCUACGUGCACAUCCUGGUCAGCGUGCCUACAAGUGCCUCCGCUGCAACAUCUUCUUUAGAUCCAAUACUGAAUCCAAGAAUCAUAAUCGUAAAUAUCAUAAAUAUCGGGACACUGGAGGUCGGGACCCUCACCGCAAUGAGAAAGCAAUGAAAAAGCGUGCUCAGGCAGUGGAGGAGCAGUUACGCCAUGCCACGCCCAGUUUGCGCAGUGCUUACAAGUUCCGUUGCCUCCACUGCCCCAUGGCCUAUCGUUGUAAGAGGCCACUGGUUGCACACUAUCGCCGUUGGCAUCCAGAUCAGGAGUGGGAUCACUUGCCAGAUCGUCCCUCAGGUCCCUUACCACUAUCAUCUUCCAAGAGGCGGAAAUUAUUGUUUUAUGAUUGUGUUUUUGAGCCAGACUGUGGCCGCACCUUUGAUGAACUUGAUCUGUGCUUAGAACACUUGCUUCAUGCACAUGAAGUGAGUGGUGAUGCAGCAUUGUCUCAUGUGAAAGAGCGUAUGGUGGUGGAGGGUGUGCGGCGUGGCCGACUUCCAAAGAAUGCAGUGGUGAUGCCUUCCAGUGAAGCACAAAGCUUUGGGAAUGUGCAAAGACGACAACAGUGGUGGAAGGGCAGAAAGAGGACAAAGUCAGAGACAGAUACAGAGAUGAUGGAGGAAGAGGAAGAUUUAGAAGAAGAGGAGAUGGAUGACUUAGAUGAGGAAGAUGAAUUUGAUGAUGAUGAGAUGGAAGAGGAGGAUGAUGAAGAAGAGGAGGAGGAAGAGGAGGAAGAUGAAGUGUUGAAGAUUAAGAGUGAGGAUCCAGAUGAUUCUGAGCUGUUUUCUAAAGGAGCCCAAGAGAGCCACCCCAACCCUGAACUCAGUAUAAAGUUGGAGGACAUUGAUUCAGUGGGUGAUGUGAAGAAAAUGCUGUAUCGUUGCAGAAUUUGUGGUAUGUCUUGCAACAGCAAGGCACAGUACCGACAGCACACUGCCAGCCACACACACUCUAAAGAGCAACAGGAGACUCCAGAAGCCAAGAUCAUGAGCUCCUCAGAGAAGGUGCCAGUGCUUGGGACGUCCAAAAAGAAGACAUCACAAUUGUCAAAAAGUGAAUCUCUGGAAGUUGAAGGAGGUAUCCAGGUGACUUCAUUAAAGGAGGAAGUAAGUGAGGGAGAGGAUGACUUCAAGGUGCUCACCCUUACCCCGAGUGCCUCUGGCCCUCCUGAGGUCAAGGUGGAUGUUAUCCACUCAGGAACUGAGGAUGAUGAUGUUAAGUCUAGCAAGGCAUCAUCAGCACCAAACCAGACCUCACCUAAACAAUCACAGUCAUCUUCCCCAGUUUCCUCAUCUUUACCUCCAACAUCCUCUCCCAAACCAGCCUUAUCCAAGAAACCUUUGUCCUCUCGAAGUGCCUCUAAUAACAGAGAAAGUGGCCAGGGUUUCAGGAGAAGAGGGCGGCCUCCGAAAGUACAGCCUCCUAAAGGACAACGCAAGAUGGUGGGACAGCAAGGAGCAGUUGGGAAGCGCAAGGCAGUGGGGCAAUGCAGGGCAGUUACGUCUAAGAAGCUGCAGUGUCCAGAGUGCUCCAUGUCUUUCAAGACCAGAUCAGAAAUGAGCUUCCACAAACGUCUUGAUCACUAAUCCAGAGGUUCUUUCUGCUCUUAUUGCUGAAAGCUUAUCACCUUUGGAUAAAGACAUUUUUAAAAGAAGUUCUACCUGGACACCUCUUUUUGGAUUGUAUCUUGGUUUUAGUGUUUAUUUAAUUUUUCUUGAGUAUGGGGACCUAUGUUAAGUAAGGAAAAUGUUACUGAUAUACUGUAAAUUUUAGAGAGGUCCCUAUCCAUGUAUUUUAAUACUCUGUGCUGCACAUUAUUAAAAUCUAUUCUCUAAUUUAGCAGAUGCCUAUAAAUUUGGUACAUAUUAAAUUUUCAGAGUGAA